CAAACCGACAAGUGAGACUAUCAAUACCCGAAAUCCCCCUAUAUAAAAUUGUAGACCUUCCCCACGUAUUUCCAGUAGUUACCAGAAAAGCCCCGAAGUCUAUUCUGUUGUCUUCUCUCUCUCACUUUCUCGCUAGUUUCAACACAGAAUUCAAAGUUCAAAUUUUUUGAGCAUUCCAGAAAUGGAAGAAAAAUCUGAUUUUAAUGGAGAAGAGAAGGUUAAGAAAGAUGAAAUCCAUGUGAAGCUUAAGACCAAGGAUAUAGAACCUGAUGAUGCUAGCGAACAGAAAGCUGAGAUGGAAUUUGAAUUGAAAACCAAGUCGGUGGAGAAAGAAAAGCCGAAAUACAAGAAAGAGAACAGGGAUAAAGAUGAAGAAGUUGACAAGAAGAAAUCAGAGAAGAAGGACAAGGAAAAAAAGAAGGAAAAAGAGAGAGAAAAGAAAAAGAAUGAUGAAGACAACGAGCCAAAGAAGAAAGAGAAAGGAAAAGAGGAGAAGAAAAAGAAGAAAGAUGAUAAGCAUUCAAAGGAUAAAGAACAGGAUAUAGAGAAAGAUAAAAAGAAAGAUAAAAAAGUGGAGACUAAAAUAGAAGAAAAUGUGAAAGAAUUGGAGGGUGAAGGGCAGGAAGAGAAGUAUAAUGAUGAAGUGAAGGAAGGUAAAGAUGAGAAGAAGAAGAAAGAGCAGAAAGACAAGGAGGAAAAGAAAGAGAAGAAAGAAAAAGACAAGAAGGGGGAGAAGAAAGAAAAAGACAAGGAGGGGGAGAAGGAGAAGAAGGACAAAGACAGGGAGGGGAUGAAAGAGAAGAAAGAGAAAGACAAAUAUGAGGAGAAGAAGGAGAAAAAAGAGAAAGACAAGGAGGAGAUGAAAGAUAAGAAAGAGAAGGACAAGGAUGAUAAGAAGGAGAAAAAAGAUAAAGACAAGGAUGGGAAGAAAGACAAAGAAAAGGAGGAGGUAAAAGAGAAGAAAGACAAAGACAAGGAGGAGAAGAAGGAGAAGAAAGACAAAGACGGGGGGAAGAAGGAGAAGAAAGACAAAGAUAAAGAGGAGAUAAAAGGGAAGAAAGAUAAAGAUAAGGAGGAGAAGAAGGAGAAGAAAGACAAAGACAAAGAGGAGAUGAAAGAGAAGGGUGAGGAGGAGGAUAAAGAGAAGAAACACAAGGAUGAAGAAGAUGAGAGUAAUAGUGAACAAAAAGUAAUUUCCAGGAAUAUUGAAAUAGAAGAAAACAUCAAAGGAUCAGAGGUUGAAGAGGAGGAAGAGAAGCAUGCUGACAAGGUGAAGGAUUGUAAGGAGAAGAAAGGAAAAGACCAAAAGGAGAAGGCUGAUAAGAAGAAAAGGAAACUUGAAGGACAAGAAAAAAGCAAGGAUCUUGGAAAGCUAAAACAGAAAUUAGAGCAGAUUGAUGCUAAGAUGGAAGCUCUUCUUGGUAAAAAGGCUGACAUCUUGAGGCAGAUAAAAGAAGCUGAAGAAGCAAGUCCAGAUGUUGAGAAGUCCACAUGAAAAAGACACAUCAGAAGUUACAUAAGAAGCUGAUGAUGCAAAUUCUGGUGUUGCUGAGGAGUCCACAGUUAUAACAGUAGCUGCAAACUCAUGUGGUAUGGCAAUGCCAACAGAUGCUUUUCAGUUCACCUCCAAUACCUGUAAUCUUAUGGUGUGCUAUAAAACAAUAUAUUGUAUUCGAAUAAAUUAUCUCUUUACUUCUAAUAAAAUCUUUUCUGUGAACAA